CCAACGCCGUGAGACUUCAUGAAUAGGUUUGAGAACAGAAAUUUUGAUGGUAUAGAGAAGAUGAUGAAAAUGAAGAAGCCCAAUGCAACUCCGUCAGUCUGUCCUCUGUUUGCUGUCAAGGCUCUCUUGGGCUUCCUGCGGUUCUUCCAUAGCAGUCUCAGACGAUUCUACGCGGUCUGUGAGGGGAGGGUGGGCGGAGGCGGAGGAACCUGUUGACUUGAUCGACUGCUCGACGAACUCGGCGAUGAUGACUCGGAGAGCAUGGCAGGGGAUGAUCUGACUUCGAUUGACUAUCUGGUUCGUCUUGGGGGAGGUAGAGUGAUGCCUGAGCCAGCGAUCUAUGGCUGCUCGCUCGUACACGUGACCGUCU